AUGGACGGCCCUCCGCCUCCGCCGCCUCCGCAUGGCGCCAAUCCCAAGUCCACAGGAGGUGGCCUCCCGCCAGGCAACUACGACAUCUUCAUAAUACCGCCGCACUCGUCUGGUGGCGGCUUCGUUUACCUGCCGUCACUGGCGCCCCAGCGAAACAGCUUCCUGGCUGGAGUAUUUGCAACGCUCGCUGCCCUUGGCCUGUGGCAGAUUAUUGAGCCGACCGUGAAGCAAUGGGUUGCAAUGAUCAGCAAGGGUGUAGCGUCCGGCGGGGCGGGCGUUAUUCUCUUGAUAGUCGCUGUCGGAGUGCUAGGGUGGGCCUGGGGCAAGACACAAGGAGAAGGAGCCUGGGGUGGUGGAGGACCUGCUGGAGGUGGGAAUGCUGAUGGCGCUCGUGGAGCAGCUGGAGGGGUCCCACCAGGCUAUCAGAGAGCAAGACCAUCCGCCAAUGGCUAUCCGGGAGCUGGCGUUCCUCCCCAGAGUCCGCCGGGAGGAGGACCGCAGCCUGGCUACGGGCCACCGCCCCAUUCUCACCAACAUCAACACCAACAAGCUCCUCCCCGUCCGCCUUCCCCUCCGCCCCCUCCUCCUCCGCCCCCCCGGCCGCCACCACCGCCCCAAGAGCCCGACCCUGAACCGAAACCGGAACCAAAGCCUUCAUGGUCGAAGCCCCCACCCUCUGCUUCUUCCGCCUGGGAAAAUGCUCGCGAAGAAACACGGAAAAAGGAAGAGGAAAAGAAGCGAGCUGACGAAGCCAAGCGGCGGCGAGAUGACGAGCAGAAAAGGAAGGAUGAAGCUGAACGGAAAGCUCGUGCUCAAGCUGAAAAGGAGAAAUGGGAAAAGAUGCGGGCGCGAGAGAAGGAACAACGUGAACGCGAGGCAAGAGAGCGCAUUGCUAGGGAACGCCAGGCGAAGGAGAAGGAAAAGAGGGAGAACGACGCCCGAGAACGAGAAGCGCGGGAAGCUGAAGCUCGGAUCAGGAUCGAGAAGGAGAUCAGAGAGAAGCUGGAGGCCGAGCAGAGAAUCAAGGCUGAGGAGGAAGCCAAGGCUAGAGCAAUCAGAGCCGAGGAGGAGGCCAAGGCUAGAGCACUCAAAGCUGAGGAGGAGGCCAAGAUCAAAGCUGAGGAGGCCAGGAUCAAGGCUGAGAAGGACAAAGCAGAUGCUGCAGCCAAGGAAGCAAAAGAGAAGGCGGAAGCUGCGGCCAAAGAAGCAAAAGAACAGGCGGACAAGAUCCGCGCCGAUCGACUCAAGGCUGCUCGAGAACGUGCCGAGAAAGAGCGUCAAGAAAGAGCAAAGAAAGAAGCGGAGCGGCUUGCAGCAGAGCGGCUCGCAGCCAGUGUAACCGGGCGACGCUCUGCGACGUAUGGAAUGAGUGCCGGAGAACGGACGGAUGUCUUUGGUCGAGGUCCUCCUACACCCUCCGUUACUUCAACUCGUUCCUCGCCUCUGAAGACUACCGUCAAAGUGACUUCGUCGCCCAAGAAGAACUACGAGCGACCUUCUGCAAAGUCAUAUCUCGGCACUGAAGAUGUAGACGCCCACUCUUUCCGUCCUUACGACACACCGAAGCGUCCAGCGAAGCCCCAGUCGUCUACCUACUCUGAAUCUUCCUAUGCUCCCUCCCAGAGUACAUCUCGAACUACACCUCCGCCCAGCCAACGGGGUGCAUACAGUACCAAUGACCCCGACAAAAUCCAGAUCAAGGCUGUCUAUCUCUUCAACGACUUAUUCCCGAAGCCAGUGGCUCAACUGGUUGCCGGUAUCGGUGCCGUUACCGAUGGAUUGAUACUGAAGAUCACAACCGAAGGUCUCUUCAUUGACGACGAUGUUAGGGGUGUUGCACAGCGUGAGUGGGAUGUCAAGGCUUGGACUAUGAAGCUUGUCGAGACCGGCGAGCGCAAUAAUAAACAUCUCCUCCGCGCCAGCAUCCGAGACCCUGAGGGCAAGAAAUACGUCUUCAUCAUCGCCGACGCAGAGAGCUGGAAGGUCGCCAUUGGCCUGCAAAAGCUACGACGCGGAUCCCAGGUGCGCGCUCUCGGCGCUCUCGGCAUGCCACCUCCAGAAACGAAACGCCUCCUCGAUAGCCUCGGAUGGGCAUGA